UUUUUGGAUUUUGUUGCUGAUUGAAUAUUCUCCCUGUAGAAGAGUUUAGUCUCUAAAGCAACGAAAUGGAAUUCCUUCACCUGGCGCCAUGGUUAGCUGAGGCAAACCUUUCUCCAGACCCAAGAGUUCCAGGGUGUGGUAAGGCAAUUUCUCUGACUGUGGAUCCCGAGACUUGUAUCACUUGGGCCCAGCAGUUCACAAGGCGGAGUGGACAGAAAGCAAGACUUAUGGGUCUCACCUCCACAGUCGUUCUUCCGCUGCUUUUUGGUAGCCUGGGGGUCUUUGGUAUUUUCCGGCUGCUGCAGCGAAUGCGGGUGAAGGCCUAUCUCAAGGAUGCAGUGGUGGUCAUCACAGGAGCAACUUCAGGACUUGGGAAAGAGUGUGCCAAAGCUUUCCAUGCUGCUGGGUCAAAACUGGUCCUGUGUGGCAGGAAUGGGGAGAGGCUUCAGGAUCUUCUGCGGGAGCUCUCUUCCAGUGCUGACCACCCAAAGAAUCCCCAUAAACACCACACCGUGAUCUUUGACCUCUCAGACAUCAAAGCAGUAGUUAGUGCUGCCGAGGAGAUUUUGAAGAGUGUGGAUCACGUGGAUAUCUUGAUCAACAAUGCUGGGAUCAGUUACCGAGGCACCAUUGUGGAUACAGUGGUGGAGGUAGACCGAAAAGUGAUGGAAACCAACUACUUUGGCCCAAUUGCAUUGACCAAAGCGCUUCUCCCUUCCAUGAUCAAGAGGAGAAAAGGCCACAUUGUAGCUAUCAGCAGCGUUCAAGGCAAAUUUGUGAUUCCUUUCCGUUCUGCAUAUGCAGCCUCCAAGCAUGCCAUCCAAGCGUUUUUUGACUGCCUGCGAGCAGAAGUGGAGCAGUAUGGUAUUGAUGUGACCGUUGUGAGCCCUGGCUACAUUCAGACAAACCUGUCACUGAAUGCCAUAACAGCAGAUGGAUCUCAGUAUGGAGUGAUGGACAAGACCACCAGUGGAGGCAAGGCAGCUGCAGAGGUGGCCCAGGUGGUUCUCAAUGCCGUGGGAGAGAAGAGGAAGGAGGUGCUGGUGGCUGGCAUCCUACCUUCAUUGGUGGUGUACCUUCGAACGCUCUGCCCCAGGCUCUUCUUCACUAUUAUGGCCUCCAGAGCCCGAAAGGAGAGAAAAGCCAAGGAUUCCUAGCCUUGUUUGCAGUCUCACUUGUCAAAUUGUUAACUGCAAGCAAAAGCGAACCCGAGUAUUUGUACGGUUCUGUGGGAAGCAUGAACAUUUACAUUUUCCCCGGGUGAAGAGUUAUAUCCAGCUGGGCACCACCCAAAGAUCAGCUGUU